CUUCAUUGCCCAGGAACAGGACGCGUUUGAAGAAGCCUUCGAAGUCUGUGACUCAAUCGGUCUUCAGAUGCAGCCUCCAAAAGACACGGCUCCUGAAUUGAGACACAGUUAGUAUCUUUGGUUUUACUUUUCCGUGUGGUCUCAUGUGACAUAGAAAUUUAGCUGCCAUCAGCACUGAUGACGUGGCCUCCUUCAUCUGGCGCCAUUUUUUUUUACAAAUUUGAAAAUACAUUGGUGGUUCCUCCCUUCCGCUUCGUAGCCGAGAUGGCGAUAUAUCAUAUUACACUAAGGAUACGUUUCAACACCUAGUAGUUCCCUGCGAAGUGGACUGCACAUGGCAUUCAGUUUCCAGACCGUAGGGAGCACAAGGUGCCCGGUUCAAAGAACUGAACAACCGUUCAUCAGUUCCCUGGAAGUUGACAAGAAGAUUACCCAUCAGCCAUUGUGCCUCGCUGGUGCGCCACAAACGACAAUGGACAACAUCUUGUAAAUCAAUCAAAUCACAUUUAUUCACAAGUUUUUCUCAAGUGAAUGCAUUUGGCUUCCGUACUUAUGAAGCGAAAACGUUACGGUCUACAGAUUUCUCUCUCUGAGCUUCAGAAACCUGUAGGUGACGUCACAGAGGCUACGUCCAUCUUUAUUUACAGUCUGUGGUCCUGACCUGCAGGUGAACUGUGGGACCUUAUUUACACACAGGCGUUCCUCAGGGUUCUGCCACUCCACGCAACAUCAACACUGUGGAGUCUCUCCUGGGGGGUCCACUUCACAGAUGACCUGACAUGAACCAGCAGCACCUCCCCCCUCCUCCCCCCUCCUCCUCCCAUAGACAGCAUCCUGACCCGCUGUGUCUCAGCUGCACAGGUCAUAAAGUUACAGUCGUCUUCAUCCUCAACAUCAUCGUCAUCAUCAUCACUGGGUGCAGCUGCUCCAUCCACUUCAGCCUUUCUGAUGGGAUUUGGUGAAGGAGAAAUGUCAGAUCGUCGAAAUCAUGAGACCAGUGCCAUGUUCAGAGUUUCCCGCCUGCCUCUGGUUCGCUCGGCAUUGCAGUCGGUGACUUCAGUGUACUCGGAGGUCAAAGGUCGUUACCCUCUGCUGGGGAUGAUGGGAGGAGCGGCUGAAGUCGGAGUUCGCAGCGUAUCCCACGUAGCCAUGAAGCAAGCCACGCCCCUUCUCCAGACCCUGGAGCCACAGAUUGAAGUGGCCAACAGCUUUGCUCUGGUUGGUCUCGACCGUCUGGAGAAAAACUUCCCCAUCCUGAACCAGUCAACAGACGAGGUGGUGGGUCACCUGAAGGACGCCCUCUUCCUGACCCUGGACGACGUGCAGCUGUGGGUGGUGGACGGUUUGGACGGAGCUCUGGAUCAGCUGGAGCGUCUGGCCGACGGAGCUCGGGCGGCGGUGCGUCAGCUGCAGGACACUCAGGUGGGCCGAGCCGCCACGUCAGGACUGGACGACAUGCUGAGCCGCCUGGAGGACGCCACCGCCUACUACCUGCCCCUCCCACCCAUACUGCGUCGGGAGUGGGAGAUGAGGGUGCAGGAGUAUGAGGAUGAAGAUGAGGAUGAGGAGCCCAGUCUGUGGACCAGGGUGCGGAGUCUCCUGCUGAGCCUCAGUCUGCAGCUGUAUCACCGUAUGAUGAAGGUCAGGGAGCAGCUGCAGGAAGCCGUCACAACGCUGGGAGACGCUGCUGACAAGGUGGGUCUGGGCCGGGUCCUGGACGUGGUGGGGGAGCUGCUGCAGUACCUGCAGAGCCUCAUGGUGGCGCUGGUGUACCGGACGGAGAACAUCAGAGAGCUGGCCCUGAACGGGAUCAAGAGUCAGGCCACCACGCUGGCAGAGCUGAGGCCGGUCCAGCAGGUCCGAGAGCUGCCGGUCCAGAUCCAGCAGCUGCUCAGAGACCUGCAGGAACUGUCCAAGAUUCUGCUGCAGCUGGUGAUCAACGCCACGCCGCUCUACAACAUGCUGCAGCAGCCGUCUCAUCAGGAUGUGGAGGACUUCCUGAACCACGAGGACUUCAUGUCCGAUAGUUCGUCUCGGCGCAACUCGGCUAACAGCCUCUUCCUGAAGGCAAUGGACGGUCGUCCUCGGCGCCGCCGGAGUCUGUAUUCCCGCGCCACCCGAGGCACCGUGGGCCGCCAGAGCCCCGACCCCCCUAACUCGGCCCUGGAGGUGGAAAGCCUGUCCGUCCCUUUCGACGUCGGCGUCCACCGGCGGCCCUCGGCCACCGAGAUGCUCCUGGCGCCGCUCAAACAGUUUGUGUCUCAGAGCCAGAAGGCCUUCGAGUACCUGAACCCCAACUCCACCGACGACACCGCCAAUGCCAACGCCAUGGCAACGGCCGACUGAGGCUCCACCCCGCCCUCGUCCACCACCUAUCGCUGCUGCCGGUCCCGCCCACUGACCAAUCACAGCCUCCCGUCUCCGCCCCCGAUGAUCAGCCGUUUCUGCCUGAGCUGGC